AUGGGGCAGAAGCAUGGGAUGUUAGGAGUAGUACUUUUUCUACUGGCACGAAUUCGUGAGCCCCGUGGGAAUGCUGGCCUCACCAAUUACCGGGAAACCAAUGGAGACGUGAGGUCUCCUUUUGCUAUCAUUGAACGUGCCAACCUUGUCGAGGCUUACGGAGACCUGACCAGUGCCAUAGGGGAGAGACUGCAAAAGCUCCGGGGUCAGCCUGUCUUAGCCGACUUGUUGCAGAGCACCUACAUUGAAGGGCUGCCCCAGGACCCUCCAGCGACAGAAGGGACCGCGCAGAAAGGAACUUCCAGAGCAUCGCGAUUCUGCUUCCUGCCGUUAGAACUUGCUUUGUUCGGUCACUCUGAUCCUCCUUGGGUUGAUUAA